AUGCCUGCUCCUCGUGGUGGUUCUUUUAGAGGGGCUCGAGGCCGUGGUGGCCGUGGACGUGGCCGAGGUCGCGGUCGUGGUGGUCAAGGUCGCAACUCCUUUGCCACUUCACGACUGAACGAGUCCGAAUCAGACGACUCUUCUGGCGGAGAAGAUGAUGCUAGCGAGCAAUCUCAAGAGGAAUUGGGUGAUGACACCCUUAUGGAUGAGGGCUCCAGCAGCGACGAAGAAGACGAGAAUACUGAACGCCCUUACAACGAACUCCUUCAGCUACUUCAACCCAAUGAGUCAAGCGGACCAGCUCGAAAGAAGCGCAAGAUCACCACCGACCCAAACGCUGAGGUUCAAAUAGCGCAACCCACAGAGGAACCAGAGCAGGGCGAUGAUGAUUUGGAAGCCCAAGCGCCGUCCGACGAUGAAGAGGAGGAAGCAGACGAGGAUGAGGACCCAUCUGCUCCUUUUGAGAAGCACUUUGAUCUCCGCGAGAGUGCAGAUCUGACCAAGCAGAUUGAGCCUAUCCAAUCGAACAAAUGGGCAUCCGUCAAGAAAGAGGUGGAUGGGCUACGACUAGUACAUACUGUUCCCGACACAGGAGCAAGCAGCGCAUCAAUCCUUCCGCCAUUGAAGAGUACAACCAAUAUCAAGCUUAAGCAAAAAUUGAAGUCUCGCGCGGCCGAGAUCCUGCCUAAAAUCACCGGUCAAGCCCAGAUCAUCGCGCCAUAUGUGUUCAACUACCAAGACGUUCUCUACGGUGCCCGCACUACUUCCAAUGCAAAUGAGAUGCGCGAUAUUAUGGCUUUACACUCUGUCAAUCACCUGCUGAAGACCCGAGACCAGGUCCUCAAAAACAACGCCCGUCUGGCCAAGGACCCCGACACCGAUAUUGAGUGCCGUGACCAAGGAUUUACCCGGCCUAAGGUGCUUUACAUUCUGCCUACCCGACAGGCAUGUGUUAAGGUUCUCGAUGCCAUCACCCGGAUCUAUCAGCCCGAACAGCAAGAAAACAAAAAGCGCUUCACCGACUCGUUCUCAGCGCCAAAUGAUGAUUCUUGGGAGCACAAAACUGAAGAUUUCCGGGAGCUUUUCGGCGGCAAUGACGACGACAUGUUCCGACUGGGUCUCAAGUUCACGCGCAAGACAGUCAAAUAUUUCGCGCAAUUCUACAGCUCCGACAUCAUCCUAGCCAGUCCACUGGGUCUGCGUACGAUCAUGGACCAGUCCGACGCCAAGAAACGCGACCACGACUUCCUCUCCUCCAUCGAGCUGGUAGUUGUCGACCACGCCGACGCCCUGCUCAUGCAAAACUGGGACCACGUCGACUACAUCUUCCAGCACCUGAACCUGCAACCGAAGCAAGCGCACGGCUGCGACUUCGGCCGCGUCCGCAACUGGUACUUGGAUAAUCAAGCCCGCCACGUCAGACAAACUGUAGUAGUCUCAUCCUACAUCACCCCCGAGAUCAAUGCCCUCUUCUCGUCCCACAUGCAAAACGCCUCGGGCCGUCUCAAAGCAACCCCCACCUACGCCGGCGCCAUCACCGAGCUCCCACUCGCAGUCCCCGUCAAGCAAACCUUCACCCGCAUCGACAGCACAUCGCCCAUUAAAGACCCCGACGCGCGCUUCAAGCACUUCACAACAACUAUCCUGUCCACGCUGGUGAAGAAUAUCACGCACGGCCGCGGAAAGGGCGGGGCCGGCACCCUCAUCUUCAUCCCCUCCUACCUCGACUUCGUCCGCGUGCGCAACCACUUUGCUACCUCUACGCAGACAACCAACGUCGCCUUUGGCGCUAUCUCCGAGUACACCGAGUCGAAGGAGGCUAACCGUGCCCGCAGUCAUUUCAUGUCUGGCCGUCACUCUGUGCUCCUAUAUACCGAGCGCGCGCACCACUUCCGCCGUUACCAGGUCCGUGGUGUUAAGCGUGUGGUCAUGUACGGGCUCCCGGAUAACGCGCUGUUCUACGGCGAGAUCGUUGGAUUCUUGGGUCUUGAUCCUGCGGCGUUGAUUGAGGCUGCUGAGGGCGGUGUUCGUGCGCUGUUCUCGAAGUGGGAUGCGCUGAAGUUGGAGCGUGUUGUUGGUACGUCUAGGACUGGAAAUAUGUUGCGGGAGAAGGGGGGUGACACGUUUACUUUUGUAUGA